GGAGUAGUUGGUAAGGCAGCCCUUCAUCGUGCAGGGGGAUCCAGAAGAUAACGAUUCCAUUACGGAUCCCGUAUUAUCUCGACUUCGUGCAUGCAGCGGUGAGGGGGACGUCGCCGUUUAUGUCCAUAUGCUUGUUGUCUUAUGUAAUUGAUCACCAGCCUCUAUAUUGUUUCAUUGCGCACGAAGUUCCCUCUCAACUUUUGUUGGAGCGAAAGGAAGCUGGAACAACAAACCAGCGCCACCUUAACUCACCCUCACCCUGCGGCUCUAGUUAUUUACAGGCACUCUCAUGCACACGUCCGCUGGACGAAUUACGAUACAAACGCCAGGUUGGCCAGCACGUGCUUGACGCGUAUAGCAGCAAGAUUGUAAAACGCCUCCGAAUACCUCGAUUCUGGACAUUCUGAUCGACAUUCUCACAUUGCGGUGCUGCCCAGUCAGAGUGUACGACAUUGAUCAUGGCGCCUGAUCGGGGAUACCGCGACGAUGCCGAUGACGAUGUUCACAAUACCGGCAGCGGCAGUAACAACACCCCAGUUCCAUAUGCUUCUCACCCUGAGAAUGCCCCCGAGCGAGAGCCUGUCAUCCACGGCCGCAGCUUCACCUUUCGUGGUGUUGCAGUCGGCCUGCUGGUCGGCUUGGUCAUUUGCUUCUCCAACAUGUAUUUUGGAUUGCAGACGGGUUGGGUGAGCACCAUGACUAUGCCGGCUAGCCUGAUGGGUUUCGGCAUAUUCAAGGUCCUGUCUAGGCACCUGCGAUUCCCAUUUAGUCCUGUCGAGAAUGUCCUCGUGCAGACUGUGGCUGGAAGCAUGGCCAUUAUGCCACUUGGCUGCGGAUUUGUCGGUGUAAUCCCCGCCAUGAACUAUCUCUUGGAUCCUGAGGAACAGGGGCCUCUCAACAUCCCCCUGUGGAAGUUGAUCACAUGGUCUCUUGGUCUUUGUUACUUUGGUGUUGUCUUUGCUGUUCCCCUUCGCCGACAAGUCAUCAUCCGGGAAAGGCUCCGUUUCCCUAGCGGAUUCAGUACUGCUGUUCUCAUCGGGGUCCUUCAUGGUCAGACGCGGAAGGCCGGCCCUGACGCCGUAUCAGGCGGCUUCGCGAGUCUCGUACCCGAUCAUGACUCGAAGUCGGAUCCGACACUGGGGUCUGACUGUAGCCACAACGUUACAGAUCCCGAAAAUGCCAAUUCCGAGAGCCUCGAGAAUCGCUCCCAGGAUGAUUGGGCUCAGAAUGUGAGGCUACUUCUCAUAUGCUUUGGAAUAUCGGGCUUGUACACUUUGUCCUCCUACUUUUUGCCUGCAUUGCGAAGUAUCCCUAUAUUUGGCACCGGUGCCGCAGGCACUUGGCUUUGGACGCUGAACCCAAGCCCGGCCUAUAUUGGCCAGGGUAUCAUCAUGGGCUCUGAGACAACCUUGCACAUGCUGCUGGGAGCCGUGAUAGGAUGGGGUUUUCUCUCUCCGCUAGCCAAGUAUCGGGGAUGGGCACCCGGUUCCAUCGACGACUGGGAGACAGGCAGCAAGGGCUGGAUCGUGUGGAUCUCUCUGGCAAUUAUGCUAGCGGAUGCCAUUGUCAGCCUCAGUUACAUUGCUUUCCGGCCCUUGGCCCAGCACGUUGCCAAUGAAGGUGUGAAGGGUAUGUGGCAGCAAAGUGUGCUAGGUUGGCAGAAGCACUUUGGGGCCAGCCGACGUUUCACCCUAACGUAUACUGCCCUGAACACGGAUGAGGAUGGAGAGGCGACGAGUACCUCCCGGCUUCUGUCUGAAGAGGCGCAAUCCUCUGUGGUCCGCCGCCGGAUUUCGACGUCGAGUGCCAGCGAUGGUCGCGCCGACGAAGCAGACGCACCAGAAGACCAACAAAUCGACAACAAGCUUGUUGCCGUGGGACUGGUCUUAUCCAUACUGCUCUGCAUCACCACUAUACACAUUGUCUUCGGCGACCUGGUUCCCCUCUACGCCACGAUCGUUGCUGUCCUAAUGGCUCUCCUGCUCAGCAUCAUGGGUGUCCGAGCACUCGGUGAGACGGAUUUGAACCCCGUAUCCGGCAUCAGCAAGCUUGCGCAAUUAUUCUUCGCACUUAUUAUUCCCCAGUCGCACAAGUCCAGUGUGCUUAUCAACUUAGUUGCGGGUGCAGUGUCCGAGGCCGGGGCUCUUCAAGCGGGUGAUUUGAUGCAGGAUCUCAAGACAGGCCACCUCUUGGGAGCCGCCCCUCGAGCCCAGUUCUGGGGCCAAGUAAUUGGAGCAACAGCAGGCGCUGUGGUCAGUGCCUUUGUGUACCAGCUCUACACGGCAGUCUAUACGAUUCCGGGAGAUCUCUUCCAGGUCCCAACGGGAUACGUAUGGAUCUUCACAGCCAGGCUAGUGACGGGCAAAGGCUUGCCGCCCAUGGCUCGCGAGUGGGCAAUUGGCUUCGGUAUCAUAUUUGCCUUCACGACAAUUGUGAGGACCAUGGUAACUGGCAAGCCUUGGCGUUCCCUUGUGCCGGGAGGCAUUGCCGUGGCGGUUGGAAUGUAUAACGUCCCAUCAUUCACCCUGGCCCGCACUGUUGGCGGCCUUUUAAGUUGGUACUGGGUCUCCAGGCGAGGCGAGUCGAGCACGCCAUUGAUUGUACUGGCAUCAGGCUUUAUACUCGGUGAAGGAUUUCUCAGCAUCGUGAAUCUCAUUCUACAAAGCAUUGGUGUUCCUCACUACUAGAAGCGCAGGCAUGAAACGACGUUUGCAUGGCCAAGGUAUACGAGGUGUCCGAGGCCAAAAUGAUUGGAGUGAGGAACAUGAAUAGAGGAGGCCGAGGGAGAGACUGGGGCACUGAAGGAAGUCCUGGAGAACAGCGGAGAAUGACAAGAGCAACAAUUUCCAUAUUGAGGUGGUCGUCAUGACAGGAGCAGGAGGAAGAUGAAUGCACUAAUUUUUGAUUUCUUUCCAGGGAUGUACAUGCUUUAGAAAUUCAACCCGCGGGUUUUAGUUCUCGUCUGGGUCAACCCCGCCCCCCUUUUCCUUCCUUUCUCCCCUUCUCCAUUGGGCUAAUGGAGUCAAUUUGACUUUUGUGGUGCUGGU